AUGGCGCAUUUCCCAGACUGGAAAAAAGUGCCCAUCCCCGGCUUGUCUCUCUCAGCCAGCGGCCUCCUCGCGCUCGCCGACCUCAGCACCGUCGCGCAGCGGACUGUCAUCUCGGGCGGCGCGAGCUGGCUGGACAGCCUGAUUCUCGUCCCGGGGCUGCACUACCAGCAGGCGGCCGACGAGCUUGGCCGGUGGCCGUUUGAUGCUGCGUUCAUCGACGCCGUCGAAGAUGGCGGCGACGACGACAGCAACAGCAACAGCGACGGGGGGCACCCCAUCACGUUCCGCAUCAACAACGCCGCCACGGCCGUCUACAUACAAAAGAUUGCCCGCCCGGGCCAGACGGUCACGCUCGACGUUGGGUGUUUGCCCAUGGGCCGCACGCGCUUCUGGCUGCGCCGGUCCCAGAGCGGCAUGCACGCGGACCUGGGCAUCAGGACGGACCUGCCCGACCUGGGCUGGGUCUCGCACCUCCUGUACCUGUGCAGCCCGCUGCUGACCAUUGCCGCGCUCGUGCUGGUAAUUCUACUGCAAGACUGGUGGGCGCUUGCGUCCCUUCUGGCAUACAUGGUCUCGCGCUUCCUCAACAUCUGGGUGAUCAAGCAGCGCGCCAAGCAGCCAGCGCCGCCCAUACCACCGCCGAGCAGUAACAACAACACCACCGCAGCAGCGCCAGACGCUCCUCCGGACCGCGUCACCGAGUACCGCAUCUCGCUUGGCGGCGGGACCACGCCCAGAAACCGACGCGCAGGCCUAUCAUCACCAUCACCAUCAUCGAACAUCCGGCUGCGCGGCCUGCCGGCCGACCUGCAGGCCAUCACAGCCGACGCAUGGCUGCGGUCCAAGACGCACGCCGAGGGCUACCUCGAGGCCACAGCCAAGCUGAUCGUGUACAUGGUGGCUGCCUUCUCGGGCAACGAGUCCCAGGCCGGCUCCAUCGUCACCAUGGCCCUGCUGCUCGCCAACGCCGCGCUGCUGGCCCUUAGCAAUGCCAAUGCAAAGGCACUGCAGGUCAACGGCCGCGUCAUGGCACCCGAG